GCUCGUCAGGAUCAGAGCUCCACACACACCGGCAACUAACACAUACACACACUCCCUCUCCAAGCCGGACAGUAAAGCCCCAGGCCUGGCAGCCCGGCAGCGGAGGACACAUCCAGCCUUCCAGGUGCCGCAGCCCGUUGUGACAGUGGACCCAACACCGCCUUACUUUGUGGACAUGGGAGACAUGGGGGACCCGCCGAAAAAGAAGCGGCUGGUGUCUUUGUGCGUGGGCUGCGGGAACCAGAUCCACGACCAGUACAUCCUGCGGGUCUCCCCGGACCUGGAGUGGCACGCCGCCUGUCUCAAAUGUGCCGAGUGCAGCCAGUACCUGGACGAGUCCUGCACGUGCUUCGUCAGGGACGGAAAGACGUACUGUAAACGGGACUACAUCAGGUUAUACGGGAUUAAAUGCGCUAAAUGCAACAUCGGCUUCAGCAAGAACGACUUCGUGAUGAGGGCCCGCUCCAAGGUCUACCACAUCGAAUGUUUCCGUUGCGUGGCGUGCAGUCGGCAGCUCAUCCCGGGGGACGAGUUCGCUCUGCGGGAGGACGGGCUCUUCUGUCGGGCCGACCACGACGUGGUAGAACGGGCCAGUCUGGGCACCGGAGACCCGCUCAGCCCGCUGCACCCAGCCAGACCGCUGCAGAUGGCAGAACCAAUCUCCGCCCGGCAGCCCGCGCUGCGGCCUCACGUCCACAAACAGCCGGAGAAGACGACCCGCGUCCGGACGGUGCUAAACGAGAAGCAGCUGCACACGCUGCGGACCUGCUACAACGCCAACCCGAGGCCCGACGCUCUCAUGAAGGAGCAGCUCGUUGAAAUGACCGGCCUCAGCCCGCGGGUGAUCCGGGUCUGGUUCCAGAAUAAGCGGUGCAAAGACAAGAAGAGGAGCCUGCUGAUGAAGCAGCUGCAGCAACAGCAGCCAAAUGACAAGACGAACAUCCAGGGAAUGACGGGCACCCCGAUGGUGGCAGCCAGUCCGGAGCGGCACGACGGCGGCAUCCAGGCCAACCCGGUGGAGGUGCAGAGCUACCAGCCGCCCUGGAAGGUCCUCAGCGACUUCGCCCUGCAGAGCGACAUCGACCAGCCGGCCUUCCAACAACUGGUCACUUUCUCGGAGGGAGGGCCGGGCUCGAACUCGACGGGCAGCGAAGUAGCGUCCAUGUCGUCUCAGCUUCCAGACACGCCGAACAGCAUGGUAUCCAGCCCCAUCGAGGCCUGAGCCGGCGCCGCAUGGACGGACUGAAGUGAACACACGGUCCCUGUUCACCCCGCCACCCUUCUCCCCCCCCCCCCCCCCCCCCGACUGCACCAAACAACCCCCCUGGUUGUAUUUUGACACUGUGAAGACAAUCAUGGGAUUUUAUCACAGCCACCCACUCUAAUGUCCAUCCAGAAGAUGCGUCAUCAUGGCCGGUGCUGCACGUUCACACCUGGUCACAGUUGCCAAAACGAGAAGACAUGAACCUGAUUCCAUCGAUAUGUGGACCUCUGAAAAAGGAGAGGACUCUGAAUCCUGAAUCUUAUACUUGCUGUGUGCUAUUUUGAAUGGAAAAAACAGUGACUGGUGAUUUUAUAAUUCGAUACAUGCACAUCAUCACAUGACAGACGUUCGGAGGGGAACAGCACUGCUUUUCUUCAUUUAACUUCACGAUUUCCUUCAUGACCCAAGUACUAAAGCAUUUGCAACAAGGUAUACCUCUAUUUUGCCACAAGCUUCGUGGGACAUUUGUGUGAGUUAGUGUCCGUCCGAGAAUAUUUUUUUUUUUCUUUCCCAAAGAUGUGUAUAAUUAAUAAUAAGUUAAAAAAAAAAAAAUACCGUUAGCUCUGGAAAAAAUGUUUCGUUUGUUCCCGUGCAACAAAAAUUAUUUAUUAUUUAUUGUCGACAAAUUUGCCACCUUUUGUGUAACUUUCUUAACUGAAGUAAAAAGAAAAAAAAAACAAACAAAAAGACUGGAGUUUGGUUUGUGGGUUUUCUAUCAAAGAUUUAAGCUUACAUGGUUAUUUAAAGUUACAAACUAGAAGCUAGUUUUGAUCUAUGAAAUGCUUUUUUUUUUCUCUCUCUCUCUCUUUGUGAAUAUUCACACGUGGCUAUCGAUCCAUUAAACGGCUUGAUAGAUAUCCUGUGGUUAAUCUGGUGUCAUGUUGGUGCAGAUGUCGUCUCAGUUUACUUGAAGGCUGCCGACCUGCUUCAGAACAUCUCCAUUUUUACAAAACCUUUGACUCCUAAAGUCCCGUUUUUUGUUUUUUUUUUUGUAACAAAGUGCUCGAAUCUGACGGCGCAAUUCUACAAUCUGAAAAAUGUUUAGAAUGAAAUGUCAAUAUCCUUAUUUGAGUGCCAUCAUUUGUUUUCAUUUUUACAUUUCUACGAUACCAAUUUUUAUUUUUUUUUAUGUUUUAAGAAAAAAAAAAUCUGGAAUGGAAUUACAUAAGACACUGCGGACACACAGGGAUGGACUGUUACACGAUUACGAUGUGCGUCUGCUUGGAUUUAUACUAUGAAAAGUCAGAGGCUGCUGUUUUUUUAUUUAUUUCUUUCGGCUCUGAAAAAGAACAAACAGAAACAAAGAAAAAAAACAAAAACAAAACCAGGAGAAUAUUUGAAAUCACAUUUCAGUGCCAAGAGUAUUCAGACGCCGCUGACCCUCUGUGUCAUUUUGUGCCUCUACAUUUUCGACAUUCAUGUUUUUUUUUUUUUUUUUGAAGCUGACUGUUGUUUUCUGUCUGUGAAACAACACUCAAUCGCUGAUCAGGUACUGUUUCAAUAUGCACCGACAGACAGGUCUUUAAUACGUGUUCCUGGUAUGUAUACGCUGACGCUUUUAUGAGAUUUGACGGUUUGCACUCUUCAUCCUCAACCUUAAAAGUCUGCAAGUUGGUCGAUGCAGACGUGAAUACUCCCUACACGUUUGAGAUUGUUCAGUGAAAUAUGGAGACAAACUGAGGUUUCAUAUAGAAUGACCUGACCUGACAGUGUCAUUCUGUCAGUGCAUCACUGUUUUUCUGCUUACUGUGAUUCUUAAUGAAUUUCACCGUCAGUCCUCCCUCCGCCUGUCCCAUUCUGUGCAUAAGCAUGUUUCAGAAAGCUGCAUUUGAAAC